CCUUGGCAAUUCCCUCACUAUCACUUUCAAUACCUCCUGUACUGUGGAUGAGGAAACAUGAAGUUUCACCUUAUCCUCAUCGCAUUUGGGAUUGUCCUAGUUCAUCAUAUGUCUGACGCUGUAUUUCCUGUCUUCUUUGACUGUUGCACAGAAGUAGCCCAGCAUAUCCCCAAGAGAUGGUUAAGAAGAGUGGUGAAAUAUGAGAGACAAAAGAGUGAUGAUUUAUGCAGAAUACCAGCUGUGAUCCUUCACACCAGGCGCAAAAAGGUAUGUGUAAGUCCACUGAAUGAAAAUGUGAAGAGAUGGAUAAAGCAGAUGACCAGGUGUUGCCAGAAAAGUGAUCCAGAGAUCUGGAAGAAAAGGAAACUCAGAAGGGGGAGGAAAACUAUGAGGAAAGAUCAUAUAUUUGCAAUGUGCAAGAAAGAAAUCUGUGCUAUGCAAUAAAUAUGACAAAAGUCUCAGAAUAACA